AGAGAGAGAGAGAGAGAGAGAAACGUACACACAGAAAGAGAGAGAUGGAGAACUUCCCAAUCAUCAACUUGGAGGGCCUCAAUGGAGAGGGAAGGAAAGCAACAAUGGAAAAAAUCAAAGAUGCCUGUGAGAACUGGGGCUUCUUUGAGCUUGUGAGUCAUGGGAUACCAACUGAGUUUUUGGACACAGUGGAGAGGUUGACUAAAGAACACUACAGGCAGUGCUUGGAGCAGAGGUUCAAGGAGCUGGUGGCCAGCAAGGGCCUUGAGGCUGUCAAGACAGAGGUCAAUGAUAUGGACUGGGAAAGCACCUUCUACUUGCGCCAUCUUCCAAAAUCUAACAUAUCUGAAGUUCCAGAUCUUGAGGAUCAGUACAGGAAUGUGAUGAAGGAAUUUGCAUUGAAGUUGGAGAAAUUAGCAGAGCAGCUCCUAGACUUGCUCUGUGAGAAUCUUGGACUUGAACAAGGGUACCUCAAGAAGGCCUUCUAUGGAACAAAUGGACCAACUUUUGGCACCAAGGUUAGCAACUACCCUCCUUGUCCCAACCCUGAGCUGAUCAAGGGUCUCCGGGCUCACACCGAUGCCGGCGGCCUCAUCCUGCUCUUCCAGGAUGACAAGGUCAGUGGUCUGCAGCUCCUCAAGGAUGGCCAAUGGAUUGAUGUGCCUCCCAUGCGCCACUCCAUUGUUAUCAACCUUGGUGACCAACUUGAGGUGAUCACUAACGGGAAGUACAAGAGCGUGGAGCACAGAGUGAUUGCCCAAACUGAUGGCACCAGAAUGUCAAUAGCUUCCUUCUACAACCCUGGCAGUGAUGCUGUCAUCUACCCUGCACCAACACUGGUGGAGAAAGAAGCAGAGGAGAAGAAUCAAGUGUACCCGAAAUUCGUGUUCGAAGACUACAUGAAGCUCUAUGCUGGCCUCAAGUUCCAGCCCAAAGAGCCAAGAUUUGAAGCCAUGAAAGCAGUGGAAACCAAUAUCAGUUUGGGUCCAAUUGCAACAGCUUAAAAGAAAUUAAGCUUUACUAAGCUGGAAAGGUUGUUUGCUUAAAGUAAUUAUGGGUGUGGCUAAAGUUUUUUAUUGUCUCUUUAAAAAUUCAGUUAAAUUACUAUUGUGGGUAUCAAAUAUCAAUCUGAUGUUUGUAGAAACUAAAUUUAUAGUAAAUAAUAUGACCUGAGAAUUUGUCAGUUUGCUAUUCCUGUGCCAGUUUGUUAAUAAACUGUUACGUUACCA